GUUUUGUUUUCUGAUUCCAGACACAACACGCCAAAACACCAAAGGCACUGACUCUGGUUCAGUGAAAAAGCCUACAGCCAUGGUGUACGUUCGACAAGACAAGCUACCCAAGCUCAAGGAGUACAAGUAUCAGGCGGUUGAUCACAGUUUGCUCUCCCGAUAUGUCCUCAAACCGUUCUACACUCAUGUGGUGAUCCAUUGCUUUCCUAUGUGGAUGGCCCCCAAUCUUAUAACGCUCUCUGGAUUUGGGUUCGUCAUCAUCAACUUCCUUACCAUGCUAUGGUACACACCGACGCUCGACCAAGAUUGCCCACCCUGGGUGUAUGCCAGUUGGGCCAUUGGACUCUUUCUAUACCAGACUUUCGACGCCGUUGAUGGGAGCCAGGCUCGGAGAACACAUCAGAGCGGGCCUCUGGGCGAGCUGUUCGACCAUGGAGUGGAUGCGAUCAACACAACACUGGAAGUCGUGCUGUUCGCUGCCACACUGAAUGCAGGCCAGGGAUGGAAAACGGUUCUCAUGCUUUUUGCUUCGCUCCUGACGUUCUACGUGCAGACCUGGGACGAGUAUCACACACACACCCUGACGCUCGGUGUGGUAUCUGGACCCGUGGAGGGUAUUGUGACACUCUGCAUUGUGUACGCUAUGACUGCCGUUCUUGGUGGCGGUAGUUUCUGGGAGCGUGCCAUGCUCAGCAGCCUCGGUGUCAAGAACUACGAUUUCAUCCCGGAUAUUGUGUACAACCUGGCAUGGAACGAAUGGUACAUGGUGUACGGAGGUAUCAUGUUGGUUUUCAACACCAUCUCCAGCGCGUUGAACGUUAUGAAGGCGCGUCGUGCCCGCGGCCAGAAAUCGCGGGAGGCGCUCCUUGGUCUUCUUACCUUUGCUGCCGCAUGGGUGUUGAUUCCUGCGUACUUGUACCUGCAACCUCUCAUCUUGCACCACCAUUUGGUACCGUUUAUCUUUUACGCUGGCCUCAUCAACGCGUACUCGGUGGGCCGCAUGAUUAUCUCGCAUCUUACAAAAUCUCGCUUCCCACGAGGCAACGUGCUCAUCUACCCACUGAUCUACGGUGUUAUCGACUCACUCGGUCCGUGGUUGCAAGAGCAUAUUGGUGUUGGCUGGCCAAGCGCUCUGGGCAACGACGUCUACCAGGUUGCUUUCGUCUUCAUGUGCUUGGGUUUGGCCGUCGGUGUUCACGGAAGCUUUAUCGUGGAUGUCAUCUGGACCAUCUGUGAUUACCUGGACAUCUGGUGCCUCACCAUCAAGUACCCACACAAGGAGGACGCAGAGACAGAGAAGAAAGGUCAAUGA